GCGCGAGCAUUUUCAAUUGGAGGGAAGUUCUGUAAAGUUGUGUACAAACCUUAAAGUUUAAAUAAUAAUAAUUGUGUAAAAUGAGCCCCAUGAAUUUAACAGCAUACACACCGGAAAUGUGGAUAGAAGACGAGGAAAAUCUAACGAAUCUCCUGCAAAAUAGCUCGUGGGAACUUUUUCCCAUGCUCAAUUAUUCUGAUUUGAGUGGUUUAAGAGAGGGGCAAAUUGUAAGGUUUAAAGGUAUGGUUCAAGAUAUGCGUACACCCGAAUAUUAUCUAGAAAAAUGUGUGAUAACUAACCAGGGAACAAAAGAGCAAAAAAUUAAACAUGGGAAAUACUUAGAAUUCAUAAAGUGUCAAGACAACGAAGUCAUUGAUUUCUACAGCAAAGAUACUGUACGAAAAGAACUGCAAACGUUUUACGUUAUAUCUACACCGGGUGAAAAUCAAUGGGUUAAAGAUAUUGAAUCAAAAAAGAGCAUUGGUCCAGUUCAAGAUAACCCACCUGCUAACACAUCACUGAAAAGGAGUUUAGACGAUGAAACUACAUCUAUGAUGGAUGUUGAUGACCAGCCAUCUACCAGUGUUCCUCUAACAGUUAAAAGGCAAUGUAAUGCUGUCCCUGAUCAACCCAAACCGCUCAAAAUGGAUAUGUCGACUGAAUACUUGCUUAAUUUCCCAGUUGAAGACAAAAAUGGAAGAGCUUGUCUUGUUAAAAUGUACAAGAGUGAGAGUGAUGUCAAAUUGAAUGAAGUAUACGAAUUCAUUGGUUUCUUAAGUGUUGAUCCCAAACUUUCUCAUGAAAUUUAUUGUGGUGAGGAAUCAGAAGGAGAUCUAGAGGAUCAAGUCCACAAUCCACCCCCCUCCUUGAUUCCCAGGAUACAUUGUGUGACUUUUAGGAAGUCAAAACAUGGAAAUCCUCUUGUUGGUGAUAAUGAACUAGAUAAAUGCAAUUUUGAGGUUAUCAGAAGAGAAUUACUUAUUGCUUUAACACAGUUAUUAUUAGGUGAUGAAGUGGCCGCUGAAUAUUUACUUUAUCAUAUGAUAUCUGAAGUAUAUGUUCGGAAGGAUGUGAUGGCCUUAGGUAAAUUUUCGUUGAAUUUGUCCAAUAUACCCAUGGCCGAAGAUAUGAAAUAUGUUGAAAAAUUGUAUGAAUUUGUACAGUUAUUAGUGCCAAAAAGUGUUUAUUUCCCUUUAACUGUAGAAAGUAUUAAUGAAAAAACUUUUAUACCUAAGAAAGACUACGACAGUAACAGAUUGAACAGUGGGUUACUUCAGUUGAGUGCAAAUACCUCCCUUGUCUUGGACGAGACUAAAUUGCAACCUGGAAAGUUGGAUCAAGCGGGUAUUACAGCAGUCCGCGCAAUUGCCAAAGUUAUCAAUACUCAAACAUUGUCUUACGAUUUCAAUUAUUAUCCAGUUGAUUUUGAAUGCGAUAUCAAGUUUUUGAUAACUUCAGAAGGAAAAUCGCUUUUACCGAGUGAUUGUCAUGUCGUCCUCCAACCAAAUGAAGAACAUCUGGCAACAUUCAAUGAGAUUAUUGUUGCGUUGAAACAUUUUUUGAAACCUGAACUGCUGAAUGAAUGCAGAAAAUACCUAUCUAUGUGCAAGUUGGUAGCGUAUGAAAUAGAAGAAAAUAUGCAUACGUUUAUUCAAGAAAAAUUUGUCGAGAUGAGACAAAAAGGGGAAACUGCCGAAGAUUUACACAACAUUUUGGUUUUGAAUAGACUGAUAUGCUUAAGCUAUGGAAAAAAUGCAAUGAAUGCAGAUAUUUGGGAGAGGGCUUGUAAAUUGGAAGAGAAGCGAAAACAGAGAAUUUCCAGUUGAGUUUUUGUUUACCAUUUUGUACAGAAUUGAAAUAAAUUUGUUAUAAUCAUGUA